AAAUUUAUAAACAUUUACAAGUUUAAAUUUUUGAAGAAUAAAAAAAAAAUUUUAAAAAUAAAAUUAAAAUGUAAUAUCUAAAUUGAAAGCAAUGCCUCGGUGGUUACCUACAUCUCCCAAACAUUUGGAGGAAGCUGAAGAUAGGGUUUUGUCAUCUGUAAAAGUCCCAAUAGAAAAGUACUUUGUUGAAAUCUUUGAUGGUUUUCAGAUUCGUACUUAUAAAAUUUUAUCUACAAAUGGUAACUCCAGCAAAUCACCGUUGGUGCUGAUUCAUGGAUUUGCUGCUGGUGCUGGCUUUUGGUCUCUUAAUUUUGAUGAAUUGUCUCAAGAACAAGAUGUAUAUGCUAUUGAUCUAUUGGGUUUUGGGCGGAGCUCUAGACCAAAGUUUCCAAAUGAUCAAGAUGAUAUAGAAAAUAUGUUUGUUAGCUCUAUAGAAUCUUGGAGAAAAGCUGUUGGCAUUGUAGAUAUGGUUUUACUUGGGCACAGCUUCGGAGGAUAUUUAGCUGUGUUAUAUUCCAUGGUCUACCCAAAUAGAGUUGUUCAUUUAAUCCUUGCAGAUCCCUGGGGUUUUCCUGAAAGAGAUGUACUUGAAAAUUAUUUUUCAAAAUGGAAAUUAUGUGUGUUUACUGCUUUGGCUUCAACACUCAACCCUUUAGCAAUCCUUAGAGCUUUUGGACCUUAUGGACCUUCACUAGUAUCAAGAUUACGACCUGACAUAAAAGAACGCUAUGAACGAUUAUAUGGAGAUGGAGAUACAAGAGUUACAGACUACAUCUAUCAUUGCAAUGCCCAAGAACCAAGCGGUGAAAUAGCAUUUUUUACUAUUUCUUCGAUUGGAUUUGCAAAUCGUCCUUUAAAUCAGAGAAUUCAAGCUAUGUCACCACAAGUUCCUAUUACAAUACUCUAUGGCUCAAACUCUUGGGUUAUUAAAUUUUAUAAUUUUAACUAUGUGAGGAGUAUACUAAGAGAUUCGUAUAUAAAGAUAUAUGAAAUUAAAGAUGCUAGUCACCAUUUGUAUGCUGACCAAGUAGAUGAAUUUAAUAGAUUAGUUAUAAAAGCUUGCAACAGUGUUCGUAAAAAAAUGGAAUCAAUGAAAGUAACCCAAGUUUAAUAUUCAUACGUAAUUUUUUUUUAUAUUUAUUUUAUAACUAAAGAGAUUAUUAUUGAAACA